AUGUGCUUUGAAGAUGUGGCCAGGGAACAAGCUGAGGAUAUAUCUGACAACUGGCUAACUCAAUUUCUCGAACAUGAUAUUUUGAGACCGAUCGGAAAUUUCAUGCUUGACCACAACGGAGGUAGUGGGAAUGAGUUUGCUAUACUCAAAAAAGGUUCUUAUAACAUCUCGUUGCGAUUGAAAGACGAAAAUGUAGCCACCGUUAUCCGCUUUUCGCAGCCCGGUGCUGUCCUUUUUCCCGAGGAGAAAGUUGUGAAUGAGGCCGCUGUGAUGCGAUUUCUUACGGAAAAGACAUCAAUACCUAUUCCUUCUAUUCAGCACUCAGGAACAAAGAAGGAGAGUCCCCUCAAACUGAGCCCAUUCUUUAUGAUGGAUUAUAUCGAACAUGACACGCAAUUAGAGGCUUGCCACGGUCGAAACUUCCAAAUCUACAUUCUACAUUCACCACAACUUCAUCAUAUCUCGAAGCUCUUGCAGACCUUAAUAUUGCGCAUCUGGUUCAUCAACAAACGAGAUUCUGUGGAAUCCGCAGACGACUGUCGACGGAAAUUUGUGGCACGACAGCUGUUUCGUAAGCUCGCUAAAGAAAAGCGACUCACUAAUCUCUCGCUCGAGAAAGGACUUUUCAAAAUUUGGUGUGAUGAUCUGCGACCGGCUAACGUGCUCCUUCAUGAGAAUUUGCAAAUUGCCGGCGUGAUAGAGUGGGAGUUCACAUACGCAGCGCCCGCUGAAUUUUCUCAUGCGCCGCCGUGGUGGUUGCUUAUCGAGAAGCCUGAGUACUGGUCAGAAGGCCUCGAGGACGGGACAAGAGUGUUUGAUGAUCGCCUGAAAACAUUCUUUCGGGCGAUGAAGGAUCACGAAGAUACAGCGAUCUAG